GCUUUCGUAGCAAAAGCUCCUUAACGAAUUCUUGAUAUAAAGGCAUUGCGAUCAAACCUACCGUGAGAUGUUACCAAACGUUCAGUUCACUAAACAUAUCAGAUUUAUUAGAAAUAAUAUACGAAGUUAAAUUAGAACAAAUACUAAUAUAUCAAAAUGCCUUCUACUGGCAACACUCCAGAAAUCUCCGGUACCAAGAUCGAGCCACUCCGAUCCGAAGUCAAGUAUAACACACCGUACGAAGGGACAGACCGCGGCUCGGUGGGUUCUGACCAGACCAUCGACCAAGCCCGAAUCAACCCUCUCGGAGGCAAGGGCAAACACCAACACCCUGCUCCACAUGCCGACAGCCAAGGGGUAGUUGGCACAGCCGAGGGACUCGGGCAAACAAAGAUUGAGCCUCUGGAUAGUGAUGCAAAAGACCCGCAGAACCCAAGGACGGGUUUGGACGACGAGGCAGUCGAUGCUUCGAGAAUCUAUCCACUUGGUGAGGUUAGGGAGGACUAGGGAAACUGAUAUGUUAUUAUCACUGUAAAAUAGAACCAAUUUCUAAAUGAAAGGAGAAUGUAAGAAAUGGGAAAGAUGGAUUUGUGAAACCGUAUUUGAAUAAUAUGA